AUGGAAGAAAUCACACUUACCGGAGGAACUCUGGUAAACAACCAUGGUGGACACAAGCAUGGCAGUGAUUGUCAGCAUUGUGCAGAUCACCCGGGGCCUCCUCCUGCCGAAAUGGGAGACAUGUCUCCUUCCCUCGACGAUAUCGUCGGAGCUUCCAUCGAAGAAAUCAUGAAGUCUCUUUCUACUCUACUCCGUUUUGGCCGCUUUGAAGCUGUCCAACCGCUUUUAGAAAAGAUUAAAAAUGAGAGAGGUUCAGACGAGAUAUUGCAAGUUCUACGAGCAACCGACGACGGAGGUCACACCUUGCUCCACUGGGCUUCCAAGCGUGUGGAUGAUUCUCGAUUCAUUCGCAAACUUGUGGAAAUGGCCGUAGAACUUAAAGCCACUGACGUCCUCAAUGCCGCCAGUUCUGACAAUGUUGGCAUGCGCCCACUCCACUGGGCCUGCACCGAAGGCAGCAUUCCCCAUGUCGCGCUUUUAUUGAAAAGCGGAGCCGAUGUAGAAGCCAAGGACAGUUCUGGGUGUACUCCACUCUUGAUUGCCGCUCAAUACGGCCAAGUGGAAGUGGUGGCCUAUCUACUCCAAAAUGGGGCCAACAUCAAGGCGGUCGACACCAGUCGCGACUCGGCGUUGCACUGGGCGGCUUACAAGGGAAGCAUUCAAGUCUGCGGACUUUUGUCUUAUUACCAAAAAUUGGACUGGACCACCCAGGAUGCCUACGGUCAAACUCCCAUUCACUUGGCCGCCUUGAGAGGUCACACGACGGUCGUCCACUACAUUCUGGAAAACCUUGAAAAGAAGGACAUCUUGUUCCAAAAAGACAAGAAUGAACGAACUCCACUGGAUUUGGCCAUUCACAAGAAGCGUCCGACGGUCGAAGCUGUCCUGAGAGAAGCCAUGACAGAAUUGGAAGAUCCACGAGCCUACUUCUUGAAGCAAACUUUGCUGUCCAACCUCAAGGAAUGCACUUCUCUCAAGACUUGGAAGUACUGGAUGGGCUUCACAGCUGGCAUGGACGAAUCGAUCAGACCUUCCAAGUUUCCAUAUUAUUUCAUGAUUUUCAACUAUGUGGUUCACAUUUUCAUGUUCUCCACCAUCUUUGCUCCAUUUCAUAAUCCAGGAAAGGGCAUCAUGUGGGAUUUGAGUGGAUGGCUCAUGUGGAACUUUUUUGUCACCUUUGGAUCUUGGUACUUUUUCUAUAAGGCAGUUACCACCAAGCCGGGGUAUGUGGAUACUUCUUUGCCGACUGUGGAAAAGUGGACUCAGAUGUAUGCCCAAACUUUGGAGUCCUUUGCCGACGAAACUUUUGUCCAAAACAAUGAUUUGCAAUUAUGCCAUACGUGUCAAAUUGUCCGCCCUCCCAGAUCCAAGCACGAUCGAGUGUCUGGCAAAUGCGUCCUUCUGUUCGACCAUUUCUGCCCAUUUGUUGACAAUACUAUUGGACUCUACAACUACAAAUACUUUUACAUCUUCCUUUGCUUCAUGACCAGUGCACUGUUCAGUCAUGCAAUCACUCUUUACAUUUACUUGAAGCGAUACACAAAGACUGAAUCCAUGCCCUGGGGAUUGUUCUUGAUGGGAGUGGAAGUUUGCUUGUGUCUACUUCCAGUCGGUGGAAUGUUCUUGUACCACACACAGCUGUCCAUGGUCAACCUUUCCACGAAUGAGCACAUCAACCUCAAAAAGUACCAUUAUUUUUUCCCGAAAAAGGCCAAUGGCAAGAAACACUACAAGAAUCCCUGGUUCAAGGGUGUUGUUGGCAAUUUUAAUGAACGAAUGAAUCCAUCGGAGAAAAGUUAUGUUCUACCGGCAGAUUACCAAGGACUACUUGAAAAGUCUGAUGAAAUUGUCUAG